GGAGGGUGGCCAUGAGUGCCCCGGACGCGGUGCGCCUGCUGGACGCCGCCGACUUCGCGGCCCGGAAGCACGCGGCGCAGCGGCGAAAAGACCCGGAAGGCACGCCGUACAUCAACCACCCCAUAGGUGUAGCCCAGAUACUGGCACAGGAAGCUGGAAUAACGGAAAUUGCAAUACUCCAGGCUGCUCUCCUCCAUGACACUGUUGAAGACACAGACACCACCUUCUCAGAGAUUGAGGAGCACUUCGGGGAGGAAGUAAGGCGAAUUGUGCAGGAAGUGACGGAUGACAAGACUUUGGGCAAGAAGGAGCGCAAGCGGCUGCAGAUUGAACAAGCUGCUCAGAGCAGCCGAGAGGCCAAGUUGGUGAAACUGGCAGACAAGCUGUACAACCUGCGAGAUCUCAACCGUUGCACACCCCAAGGCUGGUCCGAGAAGCGAGUCCAGGAGUACUUCCACUGGGCUUCGAAGGUAGUGACGGGCUUGUGCGGGACAAGCCCGGUGUUGGAGGAAAAAUUGUGGCUGCUGUUUAAAGCCAGAGGGCUACCUGAGUGACAUGGCUAAGCUGCAGCCAAAUCCGCUGGAAGGGAAAGCAGGCAACAAACCUUGUUGAGCUACUACGUAAAAAAUGGAGAAGACUUUCGCCAAUUUGUCUUCGGUCCCACUUACUCCUAUCCUGCCCCAGGGUUUCUGCACUGCCCACUAGGUACACUCAUUGUAAAGUGAUGCCCUCUACAUAUAUUUGGAAUACUCUGAAAGUAUGCUGGAAACAAGGCAACCUCACCAGAUGCCUUUUCCAUCCUCUGGAACAUGUGUAGACAUUAUGGCAUACAAGGGGAGAGGAUGAAAGUAGCUCACUUCCUUCUCUCCCCCCCCCCCCC